AAUUUUUUCGCCCCAAAACAUAGCGACUUUUCUGAAGAAAUUUUUUCCAAGUACUUUGUUAACCCAAAUAAGUUCCUAUCAAAAACUGAUGCUCAAUUAAUUAAUAAUUAACUACGCUGUACUAUCGCUAUUGUGUUCCUAUGAACUUUCGAGAAGUGUUGUGUUUGCGAGUUUUGUGUAAAGGGUGCGCAGGAAAACUCCGAGUUGACUUCAGAGUCGAGAAUGGCUGGCGAAGGAAACUCUACCCGAAUGGAUAAUAACGAAAUGCCAGUUCCAAAAACAAGGUAUGACUGGUAUCAGACGGAAACUCAUGUCACAGUUACAAUUCUCACGAAGAAUGCUCAAAACGUUAAAGUUGUCAAUGAGAAACACACGUUAAGCGUGUCUGCUUCAUUACCAUCUGGAAAUGACUAUAGUUUGGAGAUAGAUUUAGCUCAUCCCACAGUACCAGAUCAGUGUUCACAUAAAGUAUUUCCAUCCAAAAUAGAAAUCAAGUUAAAGAAGCAAGAUAGGAUUAGAUGGAAUGCCUUAGAAGGGGAUCUGGUUGUACAAAACACACCACAGCCUAUACCUCAAGAAAUUUUACAAGCUGGUAAUCAGCCACCAAAGUAUCCUACUUCCUGUAAGAAGUCACGUGAUUGGGAUAAGAUGGAAAAAGAGAUUGAGAAGCAAGAGGCUGAAGAAAAACCAGAAGGUGUAGCUGCUUUGGAUUGUUUAUUUCAACAAAUAUAUGGUAACAGCUCGGAUGAAGUUAGACGCGCGAUGAAUAAAUCUUUUCAAGAAUCUGGUGGCACUGUUCUAAGUACUAACUGGUCUGAAGUAGGCAAAGGAAAAGUUGAGAGAAAAUCAUUGGAUGGUAUGGAAUGGAAGCCUUGGAAUGCAUAAACAAAGUAACAUAAUUGAUAUUUAAUUUGCUUAAUCUUUAACAGAAUAAUUUCAUUUUAUUUUGAAUAAAAGUACUUCAUAAAUAUUUACAAUAUUAAUAUGUAACUCAUAAUAUCUUCUAUGCUGCAGAUGUUCUAUUGUAUAUCACAAAGUUAAUUAAUUAAAUAAUUAUUCCUACCUAA